GAAGGAUCACCUCUGUGUGACUCUCCGGAGGUCCUUCCUCACUUUUCCCUCUCCAGGAGCCGGCGUGGUGAACUGAAGCCCGGUCAGAAAAGCCAUGUUCAGACUCCUCAGUCACCAAGGUCAGAGGACGCGCCGCUGCCUCUCGCUUCAGCGGCGCUAUGAGCACCACCGGGCCGUCAUGGCCAUCCGCCGCGAGGACAUCAACCCCUGGGAAAGGAGGGCGCCGCUCGCCCCCAAACACGUCAAAGAGCUGACCAACGCCGGAGUCAAAGUACUGCUGCAGCCGUCCAACCGCAGAGCCAUCCACGAGAAGUACUACAUGAGAGCGGGCGCCGUGGUGCAGGAGGAUCUGUCCGAAGCGUCUCUGAUCAUCGGGGUGAAGCGGCCGCCAGAGGAGAAUGUAAUACCAAGGAAGACGUACGCCUUCUUCUCCCACACCAUCAAGGCUCAGGAGGCCAACAUGGGGCUGCUUGAGGACCUGCUGAACAAGGAGGUUCGUCUGAUCGACUACGAGAAGAUGGUGGAUGCUAACGGUUUCCGGAUCGUAGCGUUCGGGCAGUGGGCCGGUGUGGCAGGAAUGAUAAACAUCUUGCACGGUUUGGGGCUGCGCUUCCUGGCUCUCGGGCACCACACUCCCUUCAUGCACAUCGGCAUGGCUCAUAACUACCGGAGCGUCAGCCAGGCCAUCCAGGCCGUGAGGGAUUGUGGGUAUGAGAUCUCCAUGGGCCUCAUGCCCAAAUCCAUCGGCCCUGUGACGUUCUGUUUCACCGGAACCGGGAACGUCUCCAAGGGAGCCCAGGACAUCCUGAACGAGCUUCCUGUUGAAUACGUUGAGCCUCACGAGCUGAAGGACGUCUCUGAAACAGAAGAUAUGUCCCGAGUGUACGCCACCGUCCUGAGCCGCCAUCACCACCUGAUGAGGAAGAGCGACGGCUUCUACGACCCCAUGGAGUACGAGGACCACCCGGAGCUGUACACCUCAAACUUCAGGACCAGUGUGGCGCCCUACACCACCUGCCUGAUCAACGGUAUUUACUGGGACCCCCACACCCCUCGCCUGCUCAGAAGAAUUGACGCCCAGAAGCUGAUCCGGCCGCUGAAGAGGUCGCCUCCGGCCACAGAGGGAGCGCCGCACCUGCCGCACAAACUGCUGGCCAUCUGUGACAUCUCCGCCGACACCGGGGGCUCCAUCGACUUCAUGAACGAGUGCACCACCAUCGAUAAGCCUUUCUGUAUGUACGACGCCGACCAGCACGUGGACCACGACAGUGUGGAAGGGAACGGGAUUCUGAUGUGCUCCAUCGAUAACCUCCCCGCUCAGCUCCCCAUCGGAGCCACGGAGUACUUCGGAGACCGACUCUUCCCGUACCUGUGGGAGAUGCUGCCAUCAGACGCCACCCGCCCGCUGGACGAGGAAGACUUCAGCCCGCAAGUCAGAGACGCCGUCAUCACCUCAAACGGAGUCCUCACCCCGAAGUUUGAAUACAUAAACAAUCUACGAGAACGAAGAGAGAAAGCUCAGAUCAUGAAGAAGACCGGGAUGAGGCGGGUUCUGCUGCUCGGCUCUGGAUACGUCUCCGGACCCGUGGUGGAGUAUUUGACCCGUGAUAAGACCACUCAGGUCACUGUGGCGUCGAUGAUGCUGCGGCAGGCGGAGGAGCUGGCAGAGAAAUAUCCCAACACCAUCCCCGUCAUGCUGGACGCCGGCAGCCAGGAGGGACACCUGGACUCCCUGGUCAAAGACCACGACCUGGUCAUCAGCAUGCUGCCGUACUCUCUCCACCCGCUCAUCGCCAAACACUGCAUCAAGAGGAAGGUGAACAUGGUGACAGCCAGCUACCUGAGCCCCGCCAUGAAGGAGCUGGCGAGCAGUGCGGAGGAGGCGGGCAUCACCAUCGUGAACGAGAUGGGUCUGGACCCCGGCAUCGAUCACAUGUUGGCCAUGGAGUGUAUCGACAAGGCUAAAGCGGACGGCUGCACGGUGGAGUCGUACAGCUCGUUCUGCGGCGGUCUCCCAGCUCCCGAGUGUUCGGACAAUCCUCUCCGCUACAAGUUCAGCUGGAGUCCGUACGGCGUGCUGCUCAACACCAUCAGCCCCGCCAUCUUCCUGCAGGACAACGAGGUGGUGGAGAUCCCGGCCGGCGGCUCUCUGAUGGAGUCCAGCACCUCCAUGGAUUUCUUCCCGGGUUUCAACCUGGAGGGAUUCCCCAACCGAGACAGCACCAAGUACGCCGAGCCGUACGGCAUCCAGACGGCACACACACUGAUCAGAGGGACACUGCGCUUCAAGGGCUUCACCAAGGCCAUGAGUGGGUUUGUGAAGCUGGGUCUGAUCAACAGCGAGCCGUGCCCCGUCCUGCUGCCCACCUCCCCCCCUGUUUCCUGGAAAGAGCUCCUCUGUAAGCAGAUGGGAUUGUCCUCCUCUGUCUCCGACGAAGCCUUCGAGGAAGCCGUGUACGAACGCAUCGGGAAAGACGACUUCGCCAUGGAAACGCUGAGAUGGUUUGGGAUGCUGAGCGAAGAGUCGGUGCUUCACGCCGACAGUGUGCUGGCUGCCCUGGCAAAACAUCUGGAAGGCAAACUCUCCUUCGCUGAGGGCGAGCGGGACAUGAUCGUCAUGAGGAACGAUAUCGGGCUUCGCCACCCGACCGGCGAGCUGGAGACCAAACACAUCAGCCUGGUGGUGUACGGCACCCCCAACGGCUUCUCCGCCAUGGCCAAGACCGUAGGAUACCCAGCAGCCAUUGCAGCUCGCAUGGUCCUUGAUGGUGAAAUCAGUACGAAGGGUCUCGUGGUUCCGAUGACGAAGGAAAUCUACGAGCCGGCGCUGGCCCGACUGAAGGAGGAAGGUCUUCACUUCAUGUUCAAGAGCGACCUUCAGGAGUAGAGCCCAUCUUUAAUCACUAUACUGUCCAGCAUACAUAAGGUCCACACGCUACCCGCUGCCUUUUCACCACCUUCAUCUAAACUGGAUCAGACUCUGCUAAUUAGAUUUUAACUCACCUGCCAGGCGAUGACAAAGUAAAUAUGAUUCAUGGAGUUUUGGGGGAAUAUGUGAACGGUUAAAAGGGGGGAAAAAGCCAAAGUUUAAACUCCCUAAAGUUAUUAUUUAUUGUGUUGAAGUUCAAUUUAGGGACAUUUAAAUGUAGGUUUUAGGUCAAAAAGCUCAUCGAAAGGCAGCAGGUGUCGGCUGUUUCAUAAAAUAAAAGCUCUUCUGUGAAGAUCCUUAAAUGUUGACUGAUCAAACACUAUUUUAGGCAUUAACGCACACUUUCAUCAGGUAAAACUACUGCCUUCCAUCAUAAAUCUGCUUUUAUUUGCAGUCUCUUUUACUUCCUAGAAAUCCUCAUGGAUGAUGAACUGUUCCAUGUUUUAAACCGUCCUUUUUUCCCCUCCACGAUUUCCAACAGCAUCUGCUUUCUGCAUUUAUUUAAAACCCAUUAAAACCCAGCUCUGCACUCACCUUCAAACUGUGAAGUGUGUCCUUAGUUUGACUCUGGACACACAAGUUGUAAAAAUCCAACCGUCCAACAUGAAAACGUUGAAUAAUAUUAACGCUGCUAGUGAUUACUUCAGCUUGUUUUGUACAGGAUCAUCAGUCAAUACUGUUUCUUUAGAGAACCAGAAUCUGUGUUUUGUUCUGCUCAUGUGUGAUACAGUAUGUAUGCAACUGAAAUACAUAACGGUAAUACAAGUUAAGGUUUUACGCGAGAGGAUCCGGGCCUGGCGUGCAUUUUAUUUUCAGAUCUUUGGAAUUGUGAGAAAAAUAUAUCAUUCUUUUUUCUGAAAAUCUCAGAAUUCUGACUUUUUGCAUAAAGACUAUUUAACAGUCAGAUCUCAAAAGAAAAUUCACAUGUUGACCUGAAAAGAGGAUCCUUUUCUUUUACAGAUCUGAUCAAAAGGGAACCAUUGUUUGUUCUGAGCAAAAAGUCCUAAUUGUGAGAAAAACAUAUCAUUAUUCUUUCAGAAAAUCUCAGAAUUGACUAUUUUUCCUCAGAAUUCAGAGUUUUUGAUGCUCUUUAAAAUAGUCAGGUGUGGCGUUAAUGCUCUUCCGUAAACACUCGAUUAGCGUUGCAACCCAAAAAAUGUACAAUUCUGACUGAUUUACAAGGAAGUGUCUUGUUUGAAAUCAUACAGAGAACUGCGCUGCUGUUAACUUUGUAGGAGACAUUUUAAAUUUCAAUCAUGAGAUUAUUUUUGGAAAAUCUAUUCGCAGAUCUUGAUGUAUGUUAUCUGAAAAAGAUAUUAAUCUGAGCUCUGUAAAUGUGUAUUAACUCAUGUAUUGGGUCACUCUGAUCAGUAACAGCGACUCAGGUGGACAUUUUGGUUGGUUUUAAAGAGUGCUUUUAUUUUUUGUGAAGUUUUCCAAGACGGAAUAUUUAUUGUCUGCAACCUCAGCAAUAUUUAUUGAUUAGUUUUGUUGGGCAUGAUGUGGUCAAUGGUUUGUAGAAUGCUUUAAAUGGUUAAAAAACAAAGAGUUAUUUUAUACACACCUGAGAUGUAUUUUUUAAAAUAGUAUAUCCUGAUUAUAGACUCUGGGACUUUUUAAAGUGCAGAUUUAAAAAAGGAGUAUUUCAGUUUAACAGUUUCACAAAUGCAGAUAAGUGUACGAGUAUUGCUUUGAUUUACCUCGCGGUGAAACACGCUUUUAUUGUUGUUAAUAUUUCAUUUGACGUUCAUGAUUACAAGAAAGCACAUUUGUUUGUAACCGCUUGUUUUGGUAGAAGAUUUUUUUGCUUAAUGAAAAUGUGAUCAUGGUUACAAGAAUAAAAGUCUUUCUGUUCUUUGA